GGACUAUACACCUCGGCCCAUAGAAUAAUAAGUACUCCUAACCUCGGCCAGAAUUUAUAAUAUUACUCUUUGGAAUUUAACGUGUUCAGUUUUAUCAAAAAGUGUUUUAUAUAUAUAUUUUUGACUGAUUUAAUGCGUAGAGAUUGUUAUUGAUAAUUUAAUUAAAUUACAAAUUUUACGUAUUGAAUACUUAAUAUAGUUGAGGGCAGUGCUUAGUUACUUUAGGAAGUGAUAAGUCUACUUAAGAUAAAAUGACCGAAUAUUGGAAAUCACAGGCACGGAAAUAUUGUGAAUUUUGUAAAUGUUGGUUUGCUGAUAAUAAAGUAUCAAUCUCAUUCCAUGAAAAUGGUAAAAGGCACAAAGAGAAUGUACAAAAGCACAUAUCACAACUUAGUAAAAAGAGUGCUAAAGAAUUCAAACAGAAAGAAAAACUUGAUGAUGACAUGAAGAAAAUGGAAGCUGCAGCAAUGGCCGCCUACCUUAAAGAUGUUCAAAAUAAUGCAGAUUUAACCUCAAAGAGCAUAAAUGAGAUGCUGGGUCAGUCAAGUAGUACUGAUAAUAUAGUUACAACAGCUGUCGCUCCUGAAACUAAGAAGAAACUACCUGUGUGGCAUGAGGUUAAAAACGAUGAUGCUAGUUCUUAUUACUGGAAUACUGUCACUAAUGAAACCACUUGGGAUGCUCCUGAUGAAUACUUGUCUGUGGCAGAUCAAGAAAAACAAAAAUUGAAAAAAAAUAAAUCAGAGAAAAUCAAGGAUAAACAAAAGAAGGAGAAACAUAAAGAGGUAAUGAAAGAAGUAAAUGCUCACAUAGCACGUGAGAAAAUGAAGGAGCUGGCACCCAAGAUUGAAGCACCACCUCCAGUGUCCUAUGGACCUGCGCCUCGUCCACAAAAACCUUACGGCUCUUGGACACCUGUCGUUAAUGAGCCCGUUCAGAAUAUAGACCUUCAAUUGCCGAAGACGAAAGAGGUGGAACCGCCGCCAGUCAUAAUGGAGCCUGAAGUUAUACAGUUCAGAGAGAAAACUGUGGAGUCUCUAGGCGACGGACCAGUAGAGUUCAAAAGGCGGAAAUUUAAUAACUCUCGUCGAAAUAUGCGCCAAAAACAUGAUGAUGAAUAAAUGUUUUUUACC